AUGGCUGGCCACGUGGGGCAGGAACUGGGGCGCCCGUACCCCUUGGCGGGGCAGGGCCUGCAUCUGGACGCCGUCCCGCCGGGCCCGGCCAACGGGGCGCCCCACGAGGGGCCCGGCAGCUUCCUGCCUGAGGCCUACAAUGGGGCGGCCCCCGGGCAGGGCUACGGCUACCGGCUGGACUACGGGCCGCAGGGGGGGCUCCUGGAGACGCAGCCGGGGGACCCCGCCGGGCACCAGGCCCUGCUCCGCGCCUGGUGCCCCGUCCCCCAGGGCGGGGAGGGCUGGGCACCCCCCUACGGCCCUGCCCAGCCCGCUGCGGCCUACGAAGGCCUGAAGCCUGAUGUCAAGCCGGAGCGGGAGUGCGGCCAACAGGGCCCCAUGUAUGGGCACCCGGCCCAGGCCUGGGGGGGCUGCUUCCUGCCCCAGGCCGCUGCUCGCCCCCCGGCCGCCCUGCCCCCACCGCCCCCCGGCCCCGCGGGCGAGGGGGGCGAGGGCAGCGGGGCCAGCAGCCCCCAGAGUGACGGCAGCGGGGGCAGCCCUGGUGCGCCGGCGGCCCCCGGCGAGGUCAAGGCGGAGGAGGCCGAGAGCGGGGACGAGGAGACCCCGAGCACGGAGGAGAUGGAGCAGUUUGCCAAGGAGCUGAAGCACAAGCGGAUCACGCUGGGGUUCACGCAGGCCGACGUGGGGCUGGCCCUGGGCGUGCUGUACGGGAAGAUGUUCAGCCAGACGACCAUCUGCCGCUUCGAGGCCCUGCAGCUCAGCUUCAAGAACAUGUGCAAACUGAAACCGCUGCUGCAGCGCUGGCUGGACGAGGCCGACGGCAACGCCAACCUGCAGGAGAUGUGCAGCAUGGAGAGCGCCCUGCUCCAGGCCCGCAAGCGGAAGCGAACCAGCAUCGAGACGGCGGCGCGGGGCUCCCUGGAGAGCUACUUCCUGCGCUGCCCGAAGCCCAGCCUGCAGGAGAUCGCCCACAUCGCCCACGACCUGCGCCUCGACAAGGACGUGGUCCGCGUCUGGUUCUGCAACCGCCGGCAGAAGGGGAAGCGCAGCGGGGGCUGCUCCGUCCGCGACGACUGCGAGGGGGGGGCCCUGCCCUUCGCUCCCCCUGCCCAGCUGCCAGGGCCCCCCAUGGGGCACCACCCCCCACCCCCCCAGGGCUACAACGCCGCCACCUUCGCCACCCUGUACGUGCCCCAGUUCCACCACGGGGGGGAGGCCUUCGACCCCACUCCCCCAGGCCCCCCCCUCAUGGGCCACCCCAUGCACUCCACCUGA